UUCCCAUCAAAGUAAAAAUGGAAUAUUUAAUAAAAGCUGCAAAGUCUCUCUAAUCAGCCAUCAAACGACUAAUAACGAUAGAACCAAAUUUGGCCGUAGCGUAAUUAAGUAGUAAAAAAAAUCUAUUAAAAUUCCCUUCUGGGUCAACCUUUGUCAUCCUUAUAAAUGAAUAUUGUUUUUAUAAGGAAGCUGAAGGUAAUGAAUGAUUAAAUAUUUAAAAUAUAUAUAUAUAUAUAUAUAUAUUAAAACCAUAAUAUGCUUCGCAAACUAUAAAAUUUACAUAGUUCGCUAUAUACACCGUGUACGCUUCCAGAAGGAUUUCUAUUUCUUAUACAUAUAUAUAUAUAUAUUAGUAUAUAUAUAUAGUAUAUAUAUACUGUGUACUGUAUAUAUUAAUAUAUACAUUAUAGUCUUAUAAUUCGCAUAUUUGUUAAUAAAUCAGUUUUCGGUGUCCCUCUAUAUAUUUGUGUACAUUGUUAAAUAAGUCAUCCUUCACCAUAGAUCAAAGCCAAGAUCUCUACAAAGAGGUAACAGCUUCAACGAAGGUCGAAGUUUAAAGAAGCAGAAUAGUCCAACAAAAUGUGUAAGUUCAAAAGUUCUAUUCUUCCGUAUAGCGUUGUCGAUUUCAUUAUUUGCCAAACUGCCUUUUUGUCUUAGUUUUAUUUACAUUUGUAGGCUCAAACUUCGGAUUGUGAGCAUGUGUGUGCUGGCGGAACCAGAGCGGGUUCUUUAGGAGACAUUUUUUUCAAAUAUUCUAGUCACAUAGAAAUUGGUUUAUUAAUUAUUUUAGGUAUCUUUAAUGACUAUCGGUCAAAUUAAUCGAGUGUAAAAAAGAAAAGUAGACACAUAGAGAAGGAAAUAAGAAUUUAACAACUAUGGCCUGUCCCCUCGAUAAAUUCGCCCCCCGCAGUACAAUAUUCCUCAUACUAUUCAUACUGCUUCAUUAGCAGUCGAAUAAAACUGUAUAUCUCUUUGGCCUGGGCAGUAUCUACAUCCGACGAAUCUAGCUAUUGACCCAACUAAUGUGAAUGAUAAUUCGAUUACCGAUUAGAUAUGUACGAGUGGAAUAAAAAACAUUUAAAAAGGAACGGCUCGUUAAGAAGAUCAUCAACGAGAUCUCCAUACAUUCCGCAAGUUGAAGACGAGCACGGAAGAAUACGUUUAGCUAUAGAUAAUUAUAAGCCAUUUAUAAAUUAUAACGAUUAUGCCAAUGAGGCAGACCGGCUAAUUGGAGAGGCUUCGGCAAAGAUCAAAGAAGCCGGUGAAGAUAUUUUUUCCGACUUGGUUUAUCUACAGAAAGUGUUAAACCUAGAAUCUUUGGACCAAUUACGACAAUGCUCUGAUCUACUACUGGACCAUUUUAUGGAAUAUUCUACUCGGAUAAAAUCCGUCCUAAUCGAACCUAAACCUUCUGAGAUCCAAAAACAGUUAAUUAACUGUAACACUGAGAUAGCGACUAUCCUACGAAUAAGUGACUUUGUAGGAUUUUUGGGAUCUAGAGGAGAGGAUUAUCAGACAAUAGGGAAUUUGUGCAUGACCUUAAAGGAGCGAAUGGAGAAACUUGAAGUACAAAUAAAUGAUUACCUAUAUGGUUUAUCGAAUAGUAUGGAAGUGCCAACAAGACAGCUAAGAAAAACUUCCUCUGACAGUGCAACGAGACGGCGCUCACUGAACGAAAUCGACUUAAACCCUUUACCAGUUCCAUCAGCUCUAAAUCUGCAUAAUAAUACUGACAUUCCUCCACCUCUUCCGGAAAAACUCAAAACCCCAAAAGCUCUGGAUGAUCACUCUCCCGCCAAAAGCAUAGAGUCCGCCUAUAGGACAGAACCCCGAAGGUUGUCGUACUAUGAUAAUCUGCCGAGUAUUGAUGGGAACUCAUCUGAGAGUACCCCGCCGCCUCUGCCACCGAAAAAAGGAAAAAGCCAAGAAGAGUCUCAUUAUGAUAAUAUGAAAUUAAGGGAAAAGACCUCGGCUGAUUUAAUUCCUCCCCUUCCUCCUAAACAUGCCAUUCAAGCGUACCUAAAUGCGUUCGGCUCUUAUACUCUUCCACAAAAUCAUGAACUUGCAAGACACUCAGUUCAUGCUGUUAACUACUACAAGCAAAACUGGUACGAACAUCAAAUGCUCGUUCAUUCACCCAAUACUGAUAGCUUUUUACCGAUAAAGUCUAAGACAAUCAGUCAGAUGACGUGUCUAAGGGAGGAACGAAAGAGGAGUUCUGACAGAAGAACUUUCGUACAAGAGAGUAAAAUAAGCGAUGAAUCGGAGGAAGAUAGCUCCGAAGAUGUUCAAGAGACUCCUGCUGUAACAGUUCAAAUAGAGAAAGAGAAAAUGGAAGAUCAAUAUAAAAAGAAUUCUGCUGAUUUAGUUUCCAAUUUAUAUCCUGAUGAUGCCCAAAUUAUUUUAGAUGAAUUGAUUUUUAAGAAAAAGGAAUCGAAAGAAGGUUGUGAAAUUAAAGGGGGUUCCGUCGAGGCUUUGCUGACCUAUGCUACAACGUCUGGAAAUAAAGAUUUUAUGUAUCAAGAAGCCUUCUUAACUACUUAUCGAACAUUUGCCUCAACGGAAGAUCUUAUAGAUAAAUUGAUAAGUCGAUAUAAGAAAUUUAGUCAUAUGGACGAUUGGAAGAAACUAUCUAGAAAUGUUUUUUCCUUUAUUAUUAGAGUUUUAGAUGAACUAAGUAUGACGGAAUUGGAUGAAAACUUAUUUAUACAAUUAAUGAAUGUUGUGCAUACGAUUAUUAGCGAUGGAGAUUUAUCACUUGGCAGAGUUUUUAGAAAGCAAUUGUUAAAUAAAGCAAGAGCUACUAAAGAAAAAAAAUUAGCGCUGGCUAAAAGUCUAUUGAAAAAGAAUGUCAGAGAAUACAACCAUAAAAUUACUCAAUUUAAAGCUGUAGAUAUUGCAGAACAAAUGACGCUUAUCGAUUCUGACAUUUUCAACAAAAUUGAACUAGCUGAAGUAUUACUUUGGUCAAGACACAAUAAAGAGGAUCAGGAAGAGAAUUUUGUAACAUUAAUGAAAUGCGUUCAUACAUUCAACAAUAUAAGCUAUUGGUGUCGUUCUAGAAUUGUGGAUGUGCAUGAUACAAAGGAGAGAGAGAAAUGUUAUUACAAAUUUAUUAAGGUUUUGAAACAUUUAAGAAGAUUGAACAAUUUCAACGGCUGUAUGGCUAUCUAUUCGGCAUUAAAUGCCAACGUUAUUAGUCGUUUAGAAUGGCCUAAACAAACAUUAGAGGUUUGAUGUGACUUACUUAUUUUUAUAUAAUCUGUUAAUCAUAUAAUCCUUAUCUAAUGUCUCUAUUUAUUUUGUACGAUUAAUAUUAUCAUUAUUAUUAUUAUUAAUUGCCAUUCUAAAUAAUCCCUUAUCGCUUUGUUUCAAAAUAGGAUAUGAAAGAAUUUCAUCAACUUUUCGACUCGAGUGCAUCUUUUAGAACUUACCGACAAGUUUUACUAGAAACUCAGGCACCUUGCGUUCCUCAGUUGUAAGUGUUAGCUUGUGUGCUUGAACCGAUUAAACCUUAAUUAAUUUUCCUUCCAAAGAGCUCUAGUCAUAAAAGAUUUAACAUCUAUAAACGAAGUGAAUCCAGAUUAUCUUGAUGUAUCUGGGAAAAAGGUUGUUAAUUUCUCUAAAAGACAAAUGGAAUUUAAUACGCUUGACAAUUUAAGAAGAUUUCAAAAGAGCAAGUAUAAUUUCAAAGAGAAGAAGGAAAUUGUGGCAUUCUUUAAUAAUUUCGAAGAUAGUUACAGCGAAGAACAACUUUAUAAAAUGUCUACUUUUAUAAAGAAGAAAAACUGAUAAUUGUUUCCUUUUCUUAGAGUAAAAACUACCCAAAAAUUGUUAAUGUUUAUAUUCGUUGUUUAUUCACAGUAUUCUAAACAUUGUAAAUGUUCCAAUCUCUAAAAGUUAUGUUCGUAGAACAAAGUCAUCCCAUUUGUGUUCAAUUAAGUGGGGCUGAACUGCAUGAAAAUACUAAAUUUUCAAUUGUUUGAAUUGCAAAUUCGAUAAUAAAUAUUU